AAUUGGAAUAAAUGUACGUGAAUGUUCAUGGUUUUGAUUGGCGUUGGGUGCAUAUUAAUGCGCAUCUCUACGUAAUGAUCUCUAUGUUGAGCAAAGAGGGCUGAGCCUCGGCAAACUGUAGGAAGGUACUUGUGGAAUCACAAUGUUGAGACAGCACCAGACGAAAAUGGAAUAAAAACAAAUAUUUUGUACAUCUAAUUUUACGCUGUCCGUCUUGCUUGUCCACCUCAAUGAAUCUGUGACAACAUACCUUGAGAUAAAUGUACCGGAACCGCAAGCAGGACCACAAAAUUAAUACUCGCGCACUGACGUAAAUUCUGUGCAGGCCUGUACUAGCUACAGAUGUCAAGAAUGCUCUUCAUGAACUCAUGUCGUGUGAAUAGGUAAUUCGAGACUGGUUUAAACACACUGAGAAAUAUCAGCAGAAAAUGAAUCGAAAUACUAAAGCGACACCCGAUCCUCGUCGGCCUUCCGUGGACGGCAAAAAAGUUCAGGAUAGCAAGGAGACGACUGCCAAAGCCGCGCCUGCGGGUUGUUCAGGCGGAAGCUCCUCUUCGUCUUCGACUAAAAGACAGCGCCCUACUGCUGAGGAGCCCGCGGAGUCGACAAGUAGGGAAAACUCUUCGUCCUUCACUUCGCUUUACGAGGUGUUGGGCGUGGAAAAAACCGCCACGGCUGCGGACAUAAAGAAGGCCUACCGCCAUCGUGCGCUCGAGCUGCACCCGGACAAGAAUUUGACGGAUCCCGACGCCAAGAACAAGUUUCAGGUCCUCCAGCAGAGCUACGAAGUGCUCGGAGACGAGAGGAAACGGAAGCACUACGACCGGUUUGGUACUGUGAACGAGGACAAUGUUUUUGACCAGGACCUGUUCAACGCCUUUGCCCACUUCAUCCGACCGAGAGGCCCGAUCACAGAGGAUGACAUUGAGGAGGCGUUGCGGACCUACCGGGGCAGUGUCGAGGAGCGGCAGGAUCUUCUGAGGCUCGCGCAAGCAAACGACCUGCUUAGCCUGUUCGAGAAUAUUAUCGGUGCCGAGCCCGAGGACGUAGACAGGUACGUUAAGAUUCUGCAGUCCUUUUCCUCACCGACCACGUCGAGUUCGUCUAGUACUUCCACCACCGGCACGGCAGCGAAUAGCACCUUUGUGCUGUCAAAGGAUUUGGAGAAGAAACUGCGCGCGAAGGCGAAACGAGUGCUGAAGCAAAAGCAAAACGAAGAGAAGGAUCUCGAGAAGGACGACGCAUUGUUUCGGGAAACCCAGAAGGAGAUCGCUGGUGCUGGUGGCUUGGCAGCCCUGAUUCAGAGUCGUCAGGCGCAGCGACAAGCUUUUGGCGGCGCGGGUGUGGCCGCGGGGUCGUACAUGGACCCGAAUGGAGCCUUCGCAAAAGCGAUGCGCGAAGUGGAAGCCGCCGAGAAGAAAGCGAGCGCCCAACCUCCUCCAAGGGCAAAACGAAAAAAGAACAGUUGAGGCGAGGUUCUCACCUGAACUUGAAGUUGAAUGGGAAUGCCAAGCUAGCUGUGAGAAUUUCACUUAAGAGCCAUGUAUACAGGGAAAAAUGUCGACGAUCAACGAAACAACUAUUCCAGAAUAAAGAAUGAU